GCUGUCCGCGUCCCGGGUGCUGAACUGUAUACAGGAGGGGCCCAGAGAUUUCCUUUGCAUGACAGCUUCCGGUGCAAAACAGCUUAUCUGGCUUGGCUCCUUUCAGCGGCGCUGCGGUUAGACGCUGGGAAAUCGGAGAGCCCUGUUGCAGGAACCUGUGUCAGAAAAGUGAUAGUUAAUCCGCAGCAGGUGGUAGCGGCUGCAGGGAAAGCGUUUGAGGGGACCAAUGGCGGUUGCGCGCAGGAAAACAUGGCAAAGCAGGCAAGUGGGGUCUCUUCUCCUUUUUAUGUGCGUGUCUGUGGGGAGUACAGCAACCAUCCGCUACUCCGUGGCGGAGGAGAUGGAAAGUGGCUCAUUUGUGGCCAAUGUGGCUAAGGACUUAGGACUGGAGGUGGGGAAACUGUCUGCGCGCGGGGCGCGGCUGGUUCCCGAGGGCAACAAGCUGCACUUCCGGCUCCACCGCAAGACAGGAGAUUUGUUUGUAAAGGAGAAACUGGAUCGGGAGUCUCUUUGUGGCAAAGCCGACCCGUGCGUUUUGCACUUUGAAAUUGUCCUAGUGGAGCCCUUGCAGUCCUUCCGUGCGGAAGUCAGGGUAUUUGAUAUCAAUGACAAUGCACCCAUUUUUCUAAACAACGAGCCUGUGUUAAAGAUCCCAGAAAGCACCCCCUUGGGUUCACGUUUUCCUCUGCAGAGCGCCCAGGAUCUGGACGUCGGCCUCAACGGUCUCCAGAACUACACCCUGAGCCCCAAUGCAUAUUUCCACCUGCACACCCGCUUCCGCAGCCACAGGCCCAAAUACGCCGAGCUAGUGCUGGACAAGCCCCUGGACAGAGAGGAGCAGCCUGAAAUCAACUUAACAAUUACAGCAGUGGAUGGUGGGUCCCCACCCAAGUCUGGCACAGCCCAUAUCCAUGUGGUGAUUCUGGAUGUCAACGACCAUGUGCCCCAGUUCUCACGCCUGGUGUACCGCGCUCAGGUACCAGAGAAUAGCGCCAACGGUUCUUUUGUGGUCCUGGUGACAGCCAUGGACCUAGAUGAGGGCUCCAACAAGGAGAUAACUUACUCUUUAGCUCAAAAUCCAGAAACAGUUCUCCAGACGUUUCAGAUUGACUCUCAAACUGGAGAGAUUCGACUCCGAGGACCCCUAGAUUUUGAAGCCACAGAAACAUAUGACAUUGAUAUUCAAGCUACAGAUGGAGGAGGCCUCUCUGCACAUAGCAAAGUCCUGGUGGAUGUCGUUGAUAUAAAUGACAAUCCUCCUGAAGUGACGGUUUCUUCUGUGUGCAGCCCUCUUCCUGAGGACUCACCACCACAGACUAUAGUGGCGCUCUUCACGAUCCGCGACCGGGAUGUGCGAGGGGGAGGAAAAAUCACCUGCUUCCUCAAAGAAGAAGACCUUCCUUUUGUAGUCAAACCUACAUUACGAAAUUCUUACUCGCUAGUCACUGACAGAAGCUUGGAUCGGGAGGAUAUCUCAAGCUACAACAUCACCCUUGUUGCCAUGGAUACUGGACCACCUGACCUGUCCACAGAGACUGUGAUAGAGGUGCUAAUAUCUGACAUUAAUGACAAUCCUCCAGUGUUUCAGGAAGGUUCUUACAUCUUAACUGUUCGAGAAAACAAUAGCCCUGCAAUUUUUAUUGGUAAAGUCCAUGCUGAAGAUUUAGAUUUGGGUGAGAAUGCCCAAGUAACAUAUUCUCUGCUGCCCCCUAGGAGUGGAGAUCUAUCAGUAUUUGCUUAUAUCUCCAUAAAUUCAGACAAUGGGAAGCUCUAUGCACUAAGAACCAUGGAUUAUGAGGCCAUUCAAAAUUUUCAGUUUGUGGUGAAGGCAACUGAUGGGGGUCUCCUGUCACUGAGUACCCAAGUUACUGUCAGAGUGGUUGUACUGGAUGACAAUGACAACCGUCCAAUGAUCUUGUACCCCCUGCAAAAUGGUACUUUGCCCUGUAAUGACCUGGUGCCCAGGUCUGCAGAAGUCAGUUAUCUCGUGACAAAAGUGGUGGCUGUUGAUGGUGACUCAGGUCAGAAUUCUUGGCUUUCAUACCAUCUACUUAAAGCUACUGACCUUGGGUUAUUCUCUGUUCAACGACAAAAUGGGGAAAUCCGUACACUGAGGCAGAUAACUGAGAGAGAUCCCAUGGUGCAGAAACUUAUCAUUCUUGUUCAGGAUCAUGGUCAACCAGCUCUCUCCACCACUGCCUCACUCAGCAUCCUGCUGGUGGACGGCUUCUCAGAGCCCUACCUGCAGUUUCGGAGUCCACCCACACAUUCUCUGAAGGUAAAUCCAUCCACUAAAUACUUGGUCAUUUCUCUGGCUGUGCUUUCUUUUCUUUUUCUACUCUCUGUCAUGAUGAUUUCUGCUAUACACAUCUAUCAGAAGAUCAAACAUAGAGGCAAGCUCACAAUUCAAGAACAUUUCUAUGAUGACUGCAAUUUCCCUAACAAUCUGGUACAAGCAGGAGGCAAUGGAUCUUUAUCACAGGCUUGUGCAUAUGACAUGUGCUCAGCCACCGGCACUGGAAAUAGUGACUUCUGGUUUCUUAAGCGCUUUAUGCCCAAUUUCCCUUUCCCCCAUGCCACUGCAGAUGUAAAAACAGAGGACAGCUCCUCUUUACCUCCAGAUUCUAAUAGGAAUAGGUCUCAGGGGUCAGAGUGCCAUUCCCAGGUAUCUGAUAAGUAUAUGUAGCUUUUACUAACAGCUCUUGGUGAGAGAAUAUACUUGUAUGCAUAGUUUUCCCACCUACACUGAAACAACAAUAGCAAUGGACUGCAGCUUUAGUGGAGACAGAGGAAUGCCCAAUUUGGUGAAAAUGGGAAAUUCAGAGCGAGGGUUGGUUUACUUAGUACAAAACAGUCAUCCUGACCCUCAGAUCUUAUAUUUGUAAUAUCUUUGAGUUUGAAAUUCUGUUUAAAGAAAUGUCAUUAUCUAUGAACAUAUAUAUGGUAGGAACUUCUCAAUUUUCAUCUCCUUUAUGCUAGGCAAGUAAUGAUUGAGUCCUUAUUUAAGUUUCCUCUGGAAGUUUGUUGGUCCUGGUCCAGGAAAUACUUAGUCUCAUGGAGAUAUCCUGCUAUUUUAUCUUUAUUUUUCAGUAGAAAGUUAUGUACAUAAGGAAGAGAUUUACUUCCCAUUUUGAUACAUUAGGAAGCAAUUAGAUUGGACAAACAGAAAUGUAGUUUGUUUUUCAGAAAUUUCUAGAUUUUUGUCCCUGAUUAGUGGUUAUCUUUGAGUCAACAUCUUGCAUGUUAUCAUUCAUAAUUAAAUGGAGUGGGGAAACCAGUUGAGCUUCUUUUGAUGAGUACUACAUUAUUCUGGGUUCUCUCAUUCUACAGUGGAAAAAAAGAAUAUCAAAACAUUAGUUCAUAUUAGGGAUGAUGCUAAUACUUUUCACCGUGCUUAAAAAUUUAAAGUUUGCCUUAAAUAUGUGCCUUAUUUAUGCAAAUUUAUACUCACUAUGAUGCAUCCUCCUCCCUCUCAAAUAGAAAGAUACAAUAUUUGUACUUGGACUUGUAAUGGUAGAGUAAUAGCUUUCAAAGUAUGCCAUAAUGUAUUUAUUGAUAUAUGUUUCAUUCUUGGAUUUAUGACUGAUACCUAAUGGCUGUUUACUUGGUGGCCCAGAAUAUACUAAAAUUUAGUGCUGUUAUUUUUUAAAUGUUAUAGAUUCUUAGGGCAGAAUUUGUGUAACCAAGGGCUGUCCUCAAUAUUUUCUUUAAUAUUUUGAGAAUAUAUGAAACAAAUGAAAAAUAAUGAUGAAAUAUUUUCUCAUUAAUGUUAAAUAUUUUCCAUAAAUCGAGUUACAAUCUUGAUUUUUUGGAGUAAAAAAUCUUUCUUGCACAAAAGCGUAUUCCAGGAUGAUUGGGUUAGGACUGGUUAAGGCAGACUGAAAUCAGGGGCUUUGAGGGAGCAAGCACAGAGGAUUAACUUUGAUAGGUGAACAGUAAUUAAUGAAAUGUGAUUAAGUAAGGAUGACUGAAUCAGCUGUAUUUCACUAUAUAUAAUGAUGUAAACAUAACAGUCUUCCUUAAUGUCAAAAUGAGGAAAGAAAAUGGUGGACAGCAGUGAUUUUAAGACUGAAUGCCGGGCUGGGGAUGUGGUUCAGCUGCA